AUGCAUUGCAAGCAGAGUAAUACCAGGUGGCUUCCUACUAGAGAUCAUAUAAGAAUCCUCAAGGAGCUUUACGAUGACAAGGGAGUUAAGUCCCCCACUGUAGAGCAGGUUCAGAGGAUCACUCUCCAGCUAAAAUGGUACAGACAGAUCGAGAACAAGAACGUCUUUUAUUGGUUCCAGAAUCAAAGGGCUCAGGAGAAGCUGAAGAACAAUAAGCUCACUUUGAAUGUUCAAGUGCCCAAGCAAAGAUCAGGGCUUGUUGGUGGAUCCAUUAAUCUCAAUUUUGGGUCAACUAUUUCUGCUGGUGUUGGUGGAUCUAUCAUGGAACAACGAGGGGAAAAUCACCAGGAGAUUAAAACACUUCCACUGUUUCCCAUGCACAACAUUGAGAAAGUAUUUCUUCAAGUAUCUCCCAUUGAUAGGGUUAUGAUGGACAUCUCCAUCCAGGUCCUUGAGAUGAAAAGCUCCUUUCCCUAA